AUGAAGGCAGGAAUCGCAAUGCUAGCCUCCUUGGCCGGAUGUGCCUUGGCAGUGCCGGCUACCAGUCAGGGAGGGCAACGCGUCGGUUGCGGUCAUGGCCCUGCCGAGCCGGAACCUAUCUGGGCCGAAAAAGACUCGUAUAGAGAUUGCCAGAAGAAGCUACCCAACAACACUUGCGUCCGGGCCAUGUACCAUUUGCAAGGCUCGAAUGCACGUUUUCAAAUGAACUGCCAGACCGGCGACCUGCAGAACCGGACCGAGCCUCAUGCCAUCAGCAUGAACUACUUUCCCAAGAACCUGUUCCCCGAUGGUCCCAAGUGCGGCAAGGUCGAGGGAGGCCUCGUCAUCCUCACCGCGGAUGACUACGGCGACGUCUGCGAAAAGUGCUUCGACAGCGUCGCAGACAAACCCGCAGACAGCGUCGCAGACAAACCCACCGAGUUGGGAGCGUGA